CUAAUUUGGCCUUUUCCCUAUAUAUAUAUAUAUACACACACACACACUGAUUAACCUUACCUAGCUUGGAUAUAUAUAUAUCAUAUAUGCUGUGAUCGUAGUAGCAGGCUAAGCAACAGAGAAAUGGAGGGUAUAACCACAACCACCACCAAAGUUCCUCUUCACACGCUUAGUUUCGCACGCGCCACGGCAGUGAACCGUGUGUUUGCAGCAGUUUACACGUGUGCCAUCUUCACACUCUUCUAUCACCAUGUACUCAAAAUCCACCACUCCACUACCUUACUCUCAUCCUUCAUCUCCAUCUCCCUUUUCUUCUCCGAUCUCCUCCUAGGGUUGAUGUGGUUUACAACGCAGUCUUUUCGCAUGCGUCCAAUCCACCGUCAGGAGUACCCGGAAAACCUGGACAGAGUACUCACCAGCAAGAAAGAUUUUCCGGGGUUGGACGUGUUUAUAUGCACUGCAGAUCCAUACAAAGAGCCACCCAUGAGUGUAGUGAACACGGCCUUAUCAGUGAUGGCUUAUGAUUAUCCGGCAGAGAAGCUUUCGGUCUAUGUCUCGGACGAUGGAGGCUCUGAGUUGACUCUCUUUGCUUUGAUGGAGGCUGCUAAGUUUGGAAGACACUGGUUACCUUUCUGUAAGGAAAACAACAUCAUAGAGAGGUCUCCAGAUGCUUAUUUCAGAUCCAACUACUCUAACACUGAAAAUAUGAAGAUGAUGUAUGAAAGCAUGAAGGUAAAAGUACAGAAUGUUGUUGACAGAGGAAAGGUUGAGGAUGAGCACAUCAAUGGCGAACAAGAACACGAAUCUUUCAAGAAAUGGUCGGAGGGUUUCACUCAUCAACAUCAUCCCACUGUAAUUCAGGUUCUGACGGAAAAUGGCAAAGACAGAGACAUCACAAGCCAUUCAAUGCCAAAUCUUGUAUACAUAUCAAGAGAGAAAAACCGGAUGUCUUCACAUAAUUUUAAGGCUGGUGCCCUUAAUGUCCUGCUUCGAGUAUCGGGAAUCAUGACCAAUGCACCUAUUAUACUGAAUUUGGAUUGUGAUAUGUACUCCAACGAUCCCCUAACGCCUCAUAGGGUGCUGUGUUACUUCUGUGACCCUGCAAUUCGGACCACAUUAGGGUACAUGCAGUUUCCCCAGAGGUUUCGUGGACUGAACAAGGCUGACAUCUAUGCCUGUGAGUAUAAGCGUGCAAUGCACAUCAGUCCGCCCGGGAUGGAUGGGCUGGCAGGCCCGGAUUAUGCUGGAACAGGAUGCUUCUUCUCUCGCCGAGCUUUCUUUGGAGGCCCUAUAUCUACCUCACUUGUCACUCCAGAAAUCCCGGAAUUGUUCCCGGACCAUAUUGUCAACAAGCCCAUUCAUGCCCAUGAAAUCUUGGCAUUGGCACACCAUGUAGCAGAUUGCAGUUAUGAGAACCACACCAAUUGGGGUUACAAGAUGGGCUUUAGGUAUGGCUCUCUAGUGGAGGACUUCUUUACGGGGUAUCUGCUAAUGUGUGAGGGAUGGAAGGCAGUGUUCUGUCAACCUGAAAGAGCAGCAUUUUGGGGCGAUGCACCGAUUUCCCUCAAUGAUGCGCUGAACCAGAACAAGAGGUGGAAUGUUGGCCUCCUUGAGGUGGCCUUCUCCAAAUACAGUCCUAUGAUCUUUGGUGCUCAUGCUAUGGGACCUCUAAUGAGUCUUUGUUAUACACACUAUGUUCUCUCGCCCAUUUGGUGCAUUCCAAUCACUAUAUAUGCUUUCCUCCCUCAGCUAGCUCUCCUCAAUGGACUCGUCAUCUUCCCCAAGGUCUCAGAACAAUGGUUUUUCUUGUAUUUGUUUCUAUUUUUGGGGGCUUAUGGACAAGACUACCUGGAGUUUAUUCUAGCACAAAGUAGCACACUAAGGUGGUGGAGUGAUCAGAGGAUGUGGAUGAUAAGGGGACUCUCAUCUUUCUUAUUUGGAACAAUCGAAUACUUAACCAAGACCUUGGGCAUUGUCACACAUGGAUUCAAUGUGACCAGCAAAGUAGUCGACGACCAACAAAGCAAGAGGUAUGAUGAAGGGAGAUUUGAGUUCGGGGUCUCGUCGCCGAUGUUCGUGCCGUUGGCAAUGGCAGCAGCAAUCAAUUUAGUGGCAUUCCUAAUGGGGUUUUCGGAAGUUUUCAUGAGGGGAGGAGAGUUGGAUGGAUUGUUUGUGCAAAUGUUUAUAGCUGGUUUUGUGGUGUUGAAUUGCUGGCCAGUUUAUGAAGCCAUGGUCUUCAGGUUUGAUAAAGGAAGGAUGCCUACCAAGAUUACCAUCAUUUCAAUAUUUCUGUCAUGGCUUCUUUGCAAAACAUUUUCUAUCACUCUAAGGACAUGAAGUCAAGAGGCUUUGGUUUGUAUUUUUCUACAUGUAUAAAAUACAUAUGUAGUGUAGUCCAUGCAUGUAAUUCUUUA